AUGGGAACUUUUUGUUUUUCCUUUACUGAAAAGUUCAAUUUGAGCUUUCAUUUUUUGAGACGUGCUGGGGACGGAGAUACUGGAGUCCUAGAGGGAGAAGAGAAGCUCUUUGCCUUACCUGUCUUCGUUUAUUGCUGGCAAAAAGGGCAAGAUUGUCUUGGUAAAUUCCUUUACUUUCUCUGCCCUGCUUCGCCGUCUUCUUCCUUUUCAUUCUUUCUUUUUUGCUUCAUCCCCACUGUUCACGCUGAAGCAUUACUCCCAUCACCUUCUUGCUAUGGUCGCUGUUACGUUAGCUGCCGUAGCCACGACUGCUACUGUGUGUGUGGCCGUUGUUGUUGUUACUGCUAUUUUUGUUUUUUUCUCCCAUUCCUUCUGCAGGUGGUUCUUCGGAGGGGGGAAGACUGCUUCUUACCAGGAAUAUCCUGCUGGGGAGUGGUAGGAAACCUUUGUCCCCUUUCUCACCACCAGUUUACAACCAUCAGUGGCAUUCUUGGGCUUCUCAGACCCCACCGCUUCCUUAGUUGUUUCUUGUUUGGACUGUGGUCCGGAAUUCCUACGUCCUUGGACAAAUGUCCCAUGUCCGUUUCCUUCUUGUCCAGCAGGAUGUCCUACAUAGCGUUGCUUCCUUUGCACAAUACCCUUACUGGGAUGCUGAGGCUCUUCAGGGCAUCUUCAAUGGUCUCCCUGCUAACUCCAAAAACUUCAUGGUGCUUACAUCUGUUGUUAACAGGGAGACAGUUCUCAUUGCUACUGCCUCCAGGACCGAGGAUAUCGACAAGAGCUCAUUACCGGAAAUGGACUCUUAGGACUGCCCUUGUAUCGUCGCCAAAUGUGUGGCAUCCUUUUUCCCGUUUAUAUUCCAAAUUAACUCUUUUCUUUUACCUGUGUCACAUAGUGUCACAUCUCUCCCUUAUCCUUUCUGUCAUUUACUUGUAUAUGCCAUCCACCCCCCCCCAGUGGUGUAGCUAG